CUAGUGAACAGGUAGCUCUUUCUUUUUGAAGCUUAUUGUGAAAGACCUAGUGUAUUCCUAAUUAUUAGGGUAGUGUUAUAGAUAUUCUUGAGGCUGAGGAUUUUAUUUGUAUUGUAAAUACUUUCCUGCUGCUGAAUACAUUUCUGAUACAUUCAGUUUUUACUGAAUCACUUUCCUGCUACGAAAACAAUUCUGCCCAAUUUAAUAAAAUGAUGUUUAUGUAUGUAUUAAGGAUUUGCAGCGACACAUCUCCUCUUCUUUUUAUUAACCCCAUGGGCAGUUAGUCACUGAAUAUAUCCCCAUAUUUAUGAAGGAAAUGUUUAAGUGAAAGGACAGAGCAGAAUUCCCGAUUCCAGGCUGCUGAAAGUUUAGCUGGAAGUGCAUUUGAAACUAAGCAAUAUAAAUAUACUCGGGGAACAGUUCUGGGGAGACGCUGUCAAGACGUAGGUCCUGAACAAAGACAGGAAAUAAUUACAAGAAAAGUUGGGAAGUGGUUCAUGUUUUCCCCAGUCACAGCAGAGAGGAUUCAUCCAUGCCAUGGAUUUUUAUUUUUAUUUUUGCCUUCAAAUGAGACUUCAAGGUGUCAACACAGUGAGAAAGCCAUGUCAGCAACCUGAUACUUCGGUCCUGAUGUUGCGGUUGGACAGAUAAAGCCACCAAUCCUCUGAAUAGGCAAGAAGACUGGGAGUACAUCAUUGGCUUCUGCGAUCAGAUCAACAAAGAACUUGAAGGUCCACAGAUAGCCGUGAGAUUGCUGGCUCAUAAAAUCCAGUCACCACAGGAAUGGGAAGCAGUCCAGGCCUUGACUGUGCUGGAAGCUUGCAUGAAGAACUGUGGGCAAAGAUUUCACAACGAAGUAGGAAAGUUUCGUUUUUUAAAUGAGUUAAUUAAAGUUGUGUCUCCCAAGUACCUGGGAGACAGAGUGUCAGAGAAGGUCAAAAGCAAAAUAAUUGAGCUGCUGUACAGUUGGACGGUGGCUCUGCCAGACGAGUCUAAAAUCAAAGACGCCUACUACAUGUUGAAAAGACAAGGCAUUGUGCUGUCUGACCCUGUAAUUCCUGCAGAGAGUACCCUAAUCCCCUCCCCUCCAGCUCGUCCCAAAAACCCUGUGUUUGAUGAUGAAGAGAAAUCCAAGCUUUUAGCUAAACUGUUAAAAAGCAAAAAUCCAGAUGAUUUGCAAGAGGCAAACAAGCUUAUUAAAUCUAUGGUGAAAGAGGAUGAGGCACGCAUACAGAAAGUCACAAAGCGCAUGCACACAUUGGAGGAGGUGAACAACAAUGUGAAGCUGUUGAAUGAGAUGUUGGUUCACUACAGCAAAGAAGACUCUUCGGAGGCUGACAAAGAGCUGAUGAAGGAGCUCUAUGACAGAUGUGAAACCAAGAGGCGGACGUUAUUCAAACUGGCCAGCGAGACAGAGGAUAAUGACAGCACUCUGGGCGACAUCCUGCAGGCUAGUGACAACUUAUCACGCGUAAUAAAUACCUAUAAAAGAAUUAUUGAGGGGCAAGUCGUCAAUGGUGAAGUGGAUAUUCCUGGGCUGCCUCCAACAGAUGGAAGUGAUUCUUCCGUUAACAUCAGUACACUCAUUGACUUGGCGGAACUGGACAUUUCUAGUACGCCUCCGCCACCACCGAUUCCCCCAACGACGUUGACACCAGCACCGACAUUAACUCCAGCUCCAGCCUCGUCAGAAAUCCCCAUCCUACCACCUCCCCCUCAGACCAUCGGUCACUCCCGGAGUCGUUCAUCGAGCCAGGCAGAAGCCACUUCUGCUCUCUUGACGAGCUCGGCCAAUUCCAUCUCUUUGCUUGAUGAGGAACUGCUAUGCUUAGGCCUGAAUGACCCGGCUCCCACUGCAGCAAAAGAAGCUCCUGAGAGCAGCCAAUGGAACAUGUUCCAGAAUGAACCAGUCGAUCUGGACUUCUUGAACCCAAAACCAGCUUCCGUUGCCUGUAACUCACCUCUUCUCCCUGCCCUGUCACAGCCCACGGGUAGAACGUCAGCCUCUCUUGCCUCCACAUUCACAGCCCCGCAGCCUGCCCCUACCUCAGCCCCUUUCAUAUUCUCUGCUGCGGCACCAUUGGGACCGUCCAGUGCAAUGUCAGGUGCCCCUGGGUACCUGGGCUCUGCUAUGGGAAGUGGUGAUCUGCACAACAUGGAUCCCAUAGGACAUCUGGACGAGAGCAAAGGACCUUCAGCUCAAGCAAACCUAGGCACCUCUGUGUUCCCUGGUGGAGUUGCAUUGCCCGCUGCUGCUGCUGCUGCACCUCUUACAUCCGCUUCAGGGCUGCCCAUUGCAGCUCCAGGAGUCCCUCCACUUCCAUAUCCAGGCAGCUGCCCUGUCGGGUCAGGAAGCCCCCUCUUCCAGCCAGCCUCCUUCCAGCAGCAAGGAAGUCCUCUGAAAGGACCCGAGAUCUCCUUGGGCAACGUUCACGUCCCACUGGAGUCCAUUAAACCAAGCAGCGCUCUUCCAGUGACGGCUUAUGACAAGAACGGUUUGCGCAUCCUCCUGCAUUUUGCCAAGGAGUGCCCCCCUGGGCGGCCCGAUGUGUUGGUAGUGGUGGUUUCAAUGUUAAACACAGCGCCCCUUCCCAUCAAGAACAUUGUGCUACAAGCAGCAGUGCCAAAGUCCAUGAAAGUGAAGUUGCAGCCACCUUCGGGGACAGAGCUAGCUCCGUUCAAUCCCAUCCAGCCACCAGCUGCUAUCACCCAGGUCAUGUUGCUGGCAAAUCCAAGGAAGGAGAAGGUGAGGCUGAGGUACCGACUGACUUUCGCGUUAGGAGACCAGCCCAGCACAGAAGUGGGGGAGGUGGAUCAGUUCCCCCCGGUUGAGCAGUGGGGAAACCUAUGACCCAGAGGCACCCCAAAGGGACUGGAACGAAUGUGAAAUGGAAAGGGCGCAAGUGGUAUCCGGCAGCGAUAUUGAGCUUUGUUUAACAUGUCCUGUCCACUCCACUUGUAGCUUUAGUCCAGAAUGUUUCCUGCACUCUGGGGUGAAGCAGUUGGGGGCAUGAACACAGAGCAUGAACUUGUGUAGGCAGCCACAAGUAGAGGCCUGGAUGGUUUCUUUACUUUGGCCAAUCCGGUUCUAUCUUCCACUUUGCUAAACUUGAAAUCUGAUCAUUCUGGUGAGCUUCGUAAGCAGAAACGGAGCACUCUUCCCUCAGUGUUGGCCAGAUGUCUACAAAGGGCUAUGAUGCCUUCGUAAGUUUCUUUGGGGCAGAGCCCUAACAGAUGUUCCUGUGCUCGGUUUUUUGUUUUGUUUUUUACCUCCUUGGUGCCAGAACUUAGGACCACCUGCAGGCUUGCUGGGUAAUAAACACAAGCUCCACAAGGGCAGGUUUCUGCCAUGACCUGACACGCCCGUUUUCUUUUGUAAGGCAACAUCUACCCGAAAAGCCAGCACAGCUCAUACAGGUGAACAACAAGCUGUAUUAUUUUAUACAUGCCACAUGUGAGCGUAAAAACACAUAGCUCUCAAUCUGCUGCCUUUGAUUUUAUACUUCCAGCUGACUCUGCAAUGUGCGCUUUCUAGGCAGCUGCUACAUUUUGGACGCACAUGGCUCUACAGUCAGUUUUCCCUCAGCAUUCAACAGCUGUAUUCCAUGGGGGGGGGGGUAAAAACUAUGAGAGAGUCACAAAGGCACAGUUUGUCCAUUGGUCAAGUGGGGAGCUUGGGGAGAAAGCUUGGUGCAUCUGUCGAUCAGGGUCAAAGGUAGGAAAUGAUGCAGCUAAGACCUUGAUUCUUCUUUCAAAGGCAGUAUUAGUAGUUAGGAAUUAUACAAUGUACAUAGAGCUAUAGGAAAACACCAGACCUACAGAUAAGGGGAAACAGAAGCCACGACAAUGCAUGUGCUGAGUUGAUUAUAUGGUAUUUUAUUCAUUCCAAAUAUUAAGUGGUUAAGUGCAAUUGUCUCCAGGAGGAGAUCCCUGUGUUGAGUCAGUCGGACUAAUAGUCCAACAUAUGGCACGUAAGCCAUAAAGUGAAUAUCACUGCUUUGGGUCUAGUAGUCACUUCCUCUGAUCUACUACAAUUAUUUUUGAUCUGAAAUAUCCUUUCAAAAAAACAGUUGUCCUGAACUAAUCAUUUUGCUUGGUUAUGAAGAAAAAAGGCUGUUUAGAAAAAAUUUAAAAACUCAAGUAGGCUAAGAAUUGCUAGGUGUAAUUUUAAGUACUUCUUGCCACUCUGAUCUGAAGGUGGAAAUCUGGCUUAAGCUGAAUUAAUUACAUUUCUUAAAAGCUCAGCCAGUCUUAGAAACAGCCGUUCUAAUUUUCUGGACACCUUGUACUUAACACGGAAGAGAUUUAACGGCGACCUGGAACAAUUGUCUCCUACAAAGGCUUGGGGUACUCACUGGGCUAAGGAUUUAUAGGCAGUGCAACCUAAUCUGUUGCAGCAUGAAGAGCUUCAGCAGUUAUUGGGAAGGUUCAGACUUGUGUACAGACUUGGAACUGUCCAGAAAGGGAUAGACAUGGUCCAUAUGAACAAAAGGAGAGACUUGGGAGGAAAGCGUCCGCUAUGUUUAGCGGCUGAGAACAGGGUGGCAUUUCUUCUGCCUCUUGAUCUGGUCCUCUUCCGUAUUUCAGUCUCUCUGCUGUCUUGUUUUUGCUUAGCAAGUCUGCCCAGCUGCCAUAGCAUAUCUAUAGAGCAGGUUUCACUGCUACAGCUUGCCUAUGAGCAAGUCACUCUCUCUCUCUCUGAGGAAACCAGGGGGGAGGGGGGAAGCACAAGUGCUUUCUCAAUGUCAGCAGUGCUGCCAUACCCAUGCUGUCCAAGCCCAGUAGCAAGAUCCCGUCGUCUCACUGUGUGGAAAUGUACUGUUAGAAGCUUCAGAAGUUAUUUAUGAAUGUUACUUGUUCAUAGGCUGAAGUUGCAGCUUCCUACCAAACACGCAAAAGACUGUAAAUAUGUCUCGGAAGUACUUGUUUUUCUGCACGUUCAAUAAAAUUGCUUUCUCUACUCUG